AUGGAAGGCGGUAGUCAAGAGACCGGGGCUCGAGGGCAUACAGUAUUCCUGGACGCGACUGAGGCGCCACACGACGAUGGUGUCGGGGCCAGAAUGCCCCGACGUGCACAAGAAUAUCCGGUCCGACGUGAGCGAGAGGUGUCCGGCCGAAGGGAGGAUUUGAGGCUGCCGGUGGACAACAUAAUAUCGGUGGCGGAGCUGUUGGGCCUGGUGGAGGAGGGAGUUGAGGCGGCGGCCACAGAAAUACAUGCUCUUGCAGAUGAGAAGGAUGACCAGAGGAAGCAUGAGGAAGACGAGGGACAGGAGGGGGAGCAGGAUAAUUAUGUAGAGGAGGAAGAGGAAGUGGAGAAUAAGGACCAAGAAGAGGGGGAGGAGGACGAGGAGGAAUGGGGGGAGGAGGACGAUGAGGAUUUUCAUGAGGAGGAGAAGGACGAGGAGGAGUGGGAGGAGGAUGAGGAUGAGUAUGUGGAAGAUGAUUUUCAUGAGGAGGGGGAGGACGGGGAGGAGUGGGAGGAGGAUGAGGAUGAGGAUGAGUAUGUGGAGGAUGGUUUUCAUGAGGAGGGGGAGGACGAGGAGGAGCAGGAUCAUAAGAGCACCGAAGAUCAGGUGGAGGAGGAGCAGGGGCAGGAGCAGCAGCAGGAGGAGCAGGAGGCCUUACAAAAGGAGCAGAAAGAGAAGGGGGAGGAUCAGGAGCAGAGAUUAGGAGGAGCAUGGGGAAGAGUUAAGGGAAGUUGUGGAGCAGGGAGGGGGGGAGCAGGAGCAACAGGAUUUACAAGAAGAGCUGGAGGAGGAAGAGGCAAAGCUGGGAAAGGAGGAGAAGGAAGAGAUGGAGCUGGGGCACGAAGAGCAGGAGCUGAGGAGCUGGAGAAGGAGGAACCAAAGUGGAAGGAGCAAGAUGGCUGGUGCCUGGGGAACGCACAGGAGCUGCCGGUGAAGCAGGAGGAAGAGACGCAGAGAAGUGCAAGCCUACAUCCUUUCCUGUCCUUGCUCGAGGCUCUUCAGACUGAGGUGCAGCCCUUGAAUACAUAUGCCAGCCGGGAGCACGCUCGACUCAAACUCAGGAUGUGGCAGAGGCGGCAGCGUCAUCUGGAACAGAGAAGUGCCCUUAUCCAGGGCAUCCGUGGUUUCUGGGCCAAGGCUUUUGUGAACCACCCUCAGAUGUCAGCCCUGAUUAGUAAGCAGGAUGAGCGCAUGCUUCGCCACAUGACCAAUCUGAAGGUGGAGGAACACACGUUCCCCAGGGAAUGCCGGAAGAUCCUGCUGUUUUUUGGCAAGAACUCCUACUUCCAGAAUGAAGUCGUUACGAAGGAGUAUGUCCUUGGCCUUGCUGGGUAUACGGCGUCUCAUUCCAGUCCCAUCCAGUGGUACCCAAGGUACAGACAGGAGGCCUACAGACGCAGGCAUGACAACAGCAGCCUC